ACUACGAAAGAUAAUCGGAAAAAUUAGUUUAUAGUUUAUUAUAGUUUGUAUGUUUGUCCAGAAAAUUAGCAAUAAAACGAAGUUGGCUUGUAAUUCUUUCCGGCCACCAAAGAAAGCCAGACCAGGCCAGGCCAAGCCAAGCCACUGUUGGACUGGGACAUGGACUGGGUCUGGGACUGGGACAGGAAAAAGCUUAGAGCAUGGAGCUGGCAGGGGGCCCAGGCAUAACUGUGCAACGUCUGCGGAAUGUCAAUGGGGCAAGUCAACGACUGACACUUUAAGGUGCGCAUAUACGGCGCGUCGCUCCAUAUGGGGAGCAGGCAAAGACUGGGCUGGUCCCAGUCAAACACGCCCCCAUCAUAAUCGAUGAUGAUCAUGAUGAUGAAGAUGAUGUUGAUGGCACACCUGCGUGAUGACGGCAUUGACAACGAGUUCGUCGCCUCGUCUGGAUGACACUGUCUAUUAUAGGAAGAUUACCGUAUCCGCCUAAACCGCUAGCUGGCUGUGGCUCUAGCUCUGGCUCUGGCUUUGACUCUGAGUGAUGUGUUGGCGAGGCGUCUCAAUUGCCUACACUCCACAACACAAGAUCGUGGGCCAUUAUUCGAGUAUACCUCCGUAAUGGAGCUCUCACUGAAUGGGGUGGGCUGUAGAUGAUCAACCACUUAAAUGGUCAUUUCGGGGAUAAUCCUGCUUCUUCAGUCUUCUGGUGGCCCAAUCUACACUUUGACUUUGUAGAGCAGUGUAAUUGAUUGAAUGAUUUAAUUUUAGUUCGGCUUGGCUUGGCGAGCACACAAAUUCAUUUGUCAUAACAUAAGGCAACAGGUACUCGGCGGCAAGCGGCAACUGUUGGACAUUGUCAAUAUUUGAACACGAGCUUCGUAUCGCCCGUAAAUAUUGGCUUAGGGUCAAAUAGUUGCUUGGCUAGCGCCGCAGGGCACAACAAAAGCAACGAACUGGCUUUGUAGAAAAGUGAAAAUCUUCUAGAGAAUAUGGCACAGGCCGUUAGCUCUCGAGAGCUCCCGACACUCGAGAGAGUGAAUGUGCGUGUGUGUGUGAAACAAGUUCGUUGCCUAAGUCUUUUGUUGGACGAGUAUAUCGAACACCUUGACUCGUCUCAAACACAAACGCUUGGCACUCAUUCGAAUUCUCAUUUCAGCAUCAACCUAGCAUGACAAGGCUCAAUUAGGCCGCCUAACGCUUUCAUCCAACCACCAAACACCAAGCUCCAGCAGCGGUCUGGACUCAAAACUCAUUCAGACAUAACCCAAGAACUAGAACUAGAGCUUCUUCCCGUCACGCAUCGCACCACUGACCUCCUGCGGGCGAGCCAAGGCCGGCAGGAGCUGGCGGUUGAGCAGGCUAACCAUCUCCAUCUCCCUUCCCAACGCCACAUUUCUCUGCAUCAACACAUACCACACCACACUUACUGAGCUGAACCAUCUUCUAAUACCAUCUUCUGCCGAAUAAAAUGAAUUAUCAGAAGGCCAGUGAAAAGCAUUCGCCGUCCUCAUUAAAGCAGAGGCCGUCGGGCACCAGCGGCAGCAUACAAAACUUUUGGAACGAACGCAUUAUGGAGCGCUUUAUAAAGGCGAAUCUAUUCAUUAUAUGCUGCGUGGUGGCUGUUCUAUUGCUGAUUGUCUACCUGGGGGCCUUCUCGUGUGAGGUCUCGUGGAUACUGGAGGCCCAUGGAGAGCUUCCCUUCGCCGCCUACACCCUGUGCACCCUCUACUUUGUGAUGUUCGUGGCGACCACGAUCCUGAUCCACGGUCUUGUCAGCGGUCUGUGCUGGCCCCUGUUCGCCUGGUCAGGCAUCAUUGGCAUUCUCUCCAUCCCGGAGCUGGUCUUUGUGAUGAUCAUGACCACGCAACACUGGGGCCUGCAGUCGGUGCACGGACUGACGGAGCUAACCUCGUACCUGAUCCGCCUGAUCAUAAACUGCUUGGCGUUGAUCUGCGUCAUCCCCACGGGGAUUCGGUGGCGCCGCGAGACGCAGGUGCUCAGCCAGCUGCAGGGCCUGGCCACGCGGCUAUCUCUGCAGACCCCGGCACCCAGCGUGCCCAUGACCAAGGCGGACUCUAGGCGUUCUAGUCAGCGGCUGAGCGGCUUCGAGAAUGCCGGCUAUCAGCUGUGCGAUGAAACGGCCAAGCUGCCCCUGGGCCCCGGCUUGGGGAUGGGACUGAGCAACCAGUGCGGCGGUGGCAGCCAGGCCUAUGGCUCCCAGAACGAGUUCAAUGCCAGCAUGUUUGCCCCGGCCUUGGCCCAACAGUUCAACAACGCCGCCCAGAUGCAGCGUGCGGCUGGAGGAGGACCUCCGGGACAUAGCGCCCAGUCUCUGAUGGACUUGCGCUGCACCUUGCCGGGAAUGUACAACCCCCGCCACGUCCUGGACACAGAGGACAAGAAUGCCAAGUACUUUAACAUAACCAUCGACGACCUUAAGAACAAUCUGCAGGACUCGCAUCGGCCGUCGCCACCCUCACUCAUCGGCUCGGCCAGCAACGAUCCCAUCUACUGCUCCAUCGAGCCCAAGCAGAUGACCCCACCGCCUGCCCAACAGCGUUCGCAGCACGGACAUCGCCCUAGGGGCAGCCACAAGCAGCCGCCGCCGGGCCAGCUCUCGAGGAACUGCAUCUCCCUGGAGAACCUGGAAGGAAUCAACAAGGUGCAGAAUGACCUGAAUGCCUACGGCAACAACCUGCUGCAGAACUACACGCAGCAGCAGCAGUACUACCUGGCCAUGCUGCUCAAUCCCCUCCACCAGCAACAGCAACAGCAGAUGCAGCAACUGCAACAGCACCACCACCAGGCGGCAGGAGGCAUCUACCGCAGGCCGUUCACCUGCAGCUCGAUCGGUGGAUUCACCGGAACGGUGCUCGCCCAGCCGCGGCGCGGCUCCCACCACAGCCAUUAGAUGCAGUACUACGGGGCCUUUGGGUAUGCCAACUAUGCCAAUCCCUACAUCACGGCCAACAGCAAGCUGUCGCUGGGCAAAGAGUCCGACGACUACCGCAAGUACCGCGAUGUGGCCCUGUAGGCGGUCCAGAUCCAGUCCAGUCCAGUCAGCGCUUAGAUUAAACUUAUAUUAUAUGUAUAUUGUAGGACAUGCUCGAAUUAGAAUGAGAUUCCUCGGAAUAACGACCAAAGAGCCACAAACUAACUCAGUUUCCGUUCGAAAACCAACACGUGGGGAGGAAGCGACAAACUCCAGAAACUUGUUGAAAUAAUCGACUAACUAACUAGCAACAUCAACUAGAUGUACCCUAAGUUUAGACGUAAGCAUCGACAGCGAACAUUCAUCGCUUAAUAUUGUCGCUAGGAAUACGAAUACGAAUAACAAUACUCGAUUGCUCGAACUGAUCGGCAGUCCCAACCAUUCACAGACAGAUCGAAAACUGUACAUAUUUGUAAUUAAAAGCAAUCAUGUUUCA